GCCUCGACUUUACCACGUUCGAGUUAUGACGAACGGGCACUUAUGCCGUUUAUAAAACUGACACCCUGUUUUGACUUUCCAACGUCAGUUUUGACUUUGCGGCGCUUAAGAGGAUGCAACGCAACGCCAGUGAACAAGUUCAUACAUGCACGGCUAUGUUCUGUGCUGCCCAUCUCCAUAACUCAAGGUGCUCAGUUGCUGUUCUGAAGCCAUUUUUGCAUGGUGGAUCUUUGCACUUCCAAACUUUUUCUUAAAAUUUAGUGUUUCUUUGCCCAUAAUAAUGGCAGAAAAGCAGAAAUCUGGUGCAAGUGGUGUUUCUUCUUCCAGGGAAUGUAGAAGAAUUAGUUGGGAUACAAAAACUGAAAUAAUUAAGAGGUCCAAAAGAGGUGAGACACCAACUGAAAUUGGUAAAGCUUUGGCUAUCGCCUGAUCGACUGUUUCAACCAUCCUGAAAAACAAGGCACAGAUUCAGGAACGUGUUAAGGGUUCAGCUCCUAUGCAAUCAGCUGAGACAACUAAGCAGCAUGUUAAUGGCCAGGUUGAGCAACUGUCAUUCAUUUCACUGAAGGAUCAAAAUCAAUGCUGUGCUCCAGUGAGUUCAGGCAAAAUUCAAGAGAAGUCCCGGAGUCUUUAUAAUGAUCUAAAGAAACAACAGGGGGAAAGUCUAACACUGAGCCUUUUAAUGCAAAUAGGGGCUGGCCUAUGCAGUUUAAAGCUAGAACCCAUUUGCAUAACAUGCAGGUGUCAGAUGAAGCUGCCAGUGCUAAUGAGCAGGCAGCUCGUGUUUAUCCUGAAACACUGGCUAAAAUGAUUGAAAAGAAUGGAUAUUGUGCUCAACAAGUUUUUAAUGUUGCUGAAACUAGGCUCUUUUGGAAAAAAAUGCCAUUGAGAACCAACAUGGCUGAAGAGGAGGAAUCCAUGCCGGGGUACAAAGCUGCUAAAGAUAGGAUCACUCUUUUGCUUGGUGCAAAUGCUGCAGGUGACUUUAAAUGUAAACCUUUGCUUGUGUACCGUUCAGAAAACCCCAGGGCUUUCCAGGGAUAUUCCAAGGCAUUUCUCCCAGUGGUAUGGAAAUCCCAUCCUAAUGUGUGGGUCAAUAAAAACAUUUUUGAGGAUUGGUUUAAUUAUCAUUUUGUGCCAAGUGUCAGGGAUUAUUGCAGCAAAAAUAAUCUUGCAUUUAAAACAUUGUUAAUCCUCGACAAUGCUCCUGGUCAUCCACCCAGCCUUGAUGACAUGCAUCUUGACAUCCAAGUGGUGUUUCUGCCCCCAAACACCACUUCACUGUUGCAACCGAUGGACCAGGGGUUCAUUACAUCUUUCAAGGCUCACUAUCUCAGGAGCUCAUUUGCUCAGGCCAUCAGGGAAACUGAGAAGCAAGGUGGACCAACUCUGAAGGAAUUCUGGCAGAGCGUCAGCAUUUACCAUGCAAUUAAGAACAUUGAUGAAGCACGGAAUGAAGUCAAACAACUCAAUCUGAAUGGCGUUUGGAAAAAAUUGUGUCCUGAUUUUGUGUCUGACUUCCAAGGCUUUACUGACACUGUUGAGGAGGUGACCAACGCUGUUGUUGAAAUGGGCAAAGAACUUAACUUGGACAUUGCCCCAGAGGAUGUUGAUGAGUUGCUGGCAUCACAUUCUGAAGAACUAACUAAUGAGGACCUCAUUGAAUGGGAACAGCAAAAAUUGGCAGAAGAAGAAGAUGCACGCACUGUUGAAGAGACUCCUCCUCGUAAAGUCUUGACAAUGGAAGUGUUGGCUGAGGCAUUUCAACAUUUGGAAGCUGCCACGUCCCUGUUUGAGGAGUACGACCCCAACAUUGAACGCAGUGCAUCUGUGAAUAGGGACAUAUACAACACAUACAGCUGCUACAGAGAAAUUUACAAAGAAAAGAAGAGAACAUCUGUCCAAAUUCCCUCGGACACUUCCUUAUCUCCUUCCAAAUCACCUCAAAAAACCCCUGAAAGCCCCAUCCAAUUAGUACCACCUGGGAGCUCAGACAAAAGUGUCCCAUCUCUUCUUUCAUCCCUUCAGUUGUUUUCUUAGAUCAGCAGUGCCCAGGAAUGAUGAAGACAAGUUAUGUUAAAAAAAUGUUAAGGCUUUAAAAUGUGUCUGUGCUUUUUAGCUCAUUUGUGGGUUGGGGUAAUGUACGGUGUAUAGCGCUGUACAGGUACUAUAUUUCUUUAUGUAUUUUUAGUGUCUGUGAUUCUUUUAUGUCAACAUGAUUGUUAUUUUCAAUAUGAAUACAUUAAUGGAGCUAUAUUACUUGUCUAUAAUUGAUUGAGUACAAAAAUCUGGGUGAAAAUAGUGUAUUGGACCUUGGUUUAGAAAACAAUUCCCCGUUUAUAACGUUCCUAUGCGAAAAU